AUCAGAAAACGUCCCAUCUGUCCCGGAAGUCCGAGUCGAGGGGAAAAAAACAAAACAAACAAGGAAACAUGACACCGAAAACUUGAGAUUUUACUCGAAAUUCGUACAUUUGGCAUAGAAACGGAGAAUGCGCCCGCGGGUCCCGCUGACGGCAGCAUGGCAGGCGUUCAGACGUGUCUGGAGAACCUGAAGAAGAGCCUCGGGAUGGACGUCCUGCGAGAGUUUGCUCGUCAAUACCCCGUCUUCUGCUUCCUGCUGCUGUCCCUGCUCUCGUUCACGGUGGUGCUCAGCAGGUAUAUCCACAUUCUGAUGGUCUUCUGGUCCUUCCUGGCUGGUUUCAUAACUUUCUACUGCUCUCUGGGACCAGAGACUCUUCUACCAAACGUCUUCUUCACUAUAAAACCAAGGAACAAAGAGCAGGGGAGGGCGGAGCUGUUCCCUCUGGGUCACAGCUGUGCUGUGUGUGGGAAGGUGAAGUGUAAACGCCACCGGCCAACGCUACUCCUUGAAAACUAUCAGCCAUGGUUGGACUUAAAAGUGUUCUCCAAGGUGGACGCUUCAAUAGCAGAGGUGUUUGAGUUGGUUCUGGAGAACUUUGUGUUCCCCUGGUACAGGGACAUCACCGAUGAUGAGGCCUGCGUUGAUGAACUGAGGAUGACCUUUCGAUUCUUUGCAUCGGUGCUCGUCCGCAGAGCUCAGAAGGUUGACAUCCCUGUUGUGUUUGCUGACAAAGUGAUGAAGGCUGCCAUGAAGCACAUUGAAGUUCUCACGAAGGCUCGGCAGAAAGUGAGGAAUGAGGAAGGCUUACAGCAGGCGGCGCUGGACGAGUAUGGUAGCGACCUCCACAUCGCCCUGCGCAACCGCAGAGAUGAGUUGCUGUACCUCAGGAAGCUGACGGAGAUGCUGUUCACCUACAUCAUGCCCCCCAAAGCCACAGACUGCAGGUCUCUGGCUCUCUUAUUGAGGGAAGUAAUGGCUGGCUCUGUCAUCCUGCCAACCAUGGACUUCAUGGCCGAUCCUGAUACUGUCAACCUGAUGGUACUCAUAUUUGUGGAUGACACUCCGCCGGAGCCCGCCACCGAGCCCCCCUCAGCGUUGGUGCCAUUCCUGCAGAAAUAUGCUGAUGUCUGCAACAAGAAGCCGUCUGUGUUGAAGUUGGAGCUGAAGGAGAUCAGGGAGCAGCAGGACCUGCUGUUUCGCUUCAUGAACUUCCUGAAGCAGGAAGGCGCUGUGCACGUGCUGCAGUUCUGCCUUGCCGUGGAGGAGUUCAAUGACAAGAUCUUGAGUCCAGAGCUGAGUGAAGGUGAGCUACAGCGUUUACACGGCGAGGUAUUGCACAUCUACGAGACCUACUGUCUGGACGAGAGCGUGGACAAGAUCAGCUUCGACCCCUUCAUUGUGGAGGAGAUCAAGAACAUUGCUAGGGGGCCGUACGGCGGCGUGGUGAAGCUCCAGACAAUGCGCUGCCUGUUCGAGGCCUACGAACACGUCCUGUCUCUGCUGGAGGGGGUCUUCACCCCAAUGUUCUCCCACAGUGAUGAGUACUUCAGAUACUUGCUGAGGGGCGCGGAGUCUCCAGCCAGGAACUCCAAAAUCAACAGAAAUAGCCUCAGUAUGGAUGAUAUGAGAAACACGUCAAAGCGUGGGGAAUCAUUUGGGAUCAGCCGGAUUGGGAGUAAAAUCAAGGGUGUGUUCAAGAGCACGACCAUGGAAGGUGCCAUGCUGCCACCUAGCAUCUUGACUGACACCGAUGAGGACAUGGUGGAGGAGGCCACGGUGGUGUUGGAGGAUGACUCCCCUGCAGAGCCAGCCUGUGUGCCGGGGCUGCUGAGGAACUUGUCAGCCUGGAGCAUCUCCAUCCCCUACAUCGACUUUUGCGAGGACGAGGUCAAGAGGGAGCGCGUCCCCGUCUUCUGCAUCGACAUUGAACGGAACGACAGGAAGGAGGUUGGACAUGAGACUGAGAGGUGGUCGGUCUUCAGACGCUACCUCGAGUUUUACGUCUUAGAAUCCAAACUCACUGAGUUCCAUGGCUCAUUCGCAGACGCACAGCUGCCUUCCAAAAGGAUCAUUGGACCAAAGAAUUACGAGUUCCUCGCUUCGAAACGGGAGGAGUUUGAGGAGUAUUUACAGAGGCUGUUGCGACACCCAGAGCUGAGGAACAGCCAGCUGUUAGCCGACUUCCUGUCCCCUCACAGCAUGGAGUCCCAGUUCUUGGACAGGAUGCUGCCUGAUGUCAAUCUGGGUAAAAUUUUCAAGUCUGUCCCAGGGAAACUUAUCAAAGAGAGGGGACAGAACCUGGAGCCGUUCCUGCAGUCCUUCAUCAACUCCUGUGAGUCGCCCAAACCCAAACCCAGCCGACCGGAGCUUACCAUCCUCAGCCCGACAGCAGAGAACAACAAGAAGCUCUUCAAUGACCUGUUUAAGAACAAUGCGAACCUGGGGGACACUCUGGAGAGGAAGACCAACCACAACUACUUCCUGGAGAUGAUGAGGCUGGACGGCAUGUACGACUACAUGAUGUAUGUCGGUCGGGCCGUGUUCCACAUGCCGGACUGGUUGCAUCACGUCAUGGCCGCCGGUAGAAUCCUCUUCAAGAACACAUUUGAGGCGUACAUGGACCAGUACAUGCAGUCUAAACUGGACCACAUCCUCCAAGAACACCGCAUGGUCUCCCUCAUCACACAGCUCAGAGAUGCUGUGUUCUGUGAAACUGGUGAGGAGCGGUCAGCUGAAGACAAACAGAGCCGAGCCAAGCAGACCUUCCAGGAAAUGAUGAAUUACCUGCCAGAUUUUGUAGGAAAGUGUAUCAGCGAGGAGGCGAGAUAUGAAGGGAUCCAGCUCCUGUUUGAUGGUAUUCAACAGCCGCUUCUGAACAAGCAGAUGACCUACGUCUUGCUGGACAUCGCGGUGCAGGAGAUGUUUCCGGAGCUCAGCAAGGGAAUGACGGAGCUGUCCAACAUGUGAACCAGAUGGCUGUCCCCCAGAGCCCGGCUCAUAACUGCCUCUUGGACCAUCUCCAUUAUUCACAUGAAUUAUGAUGCACUAAUAAAGAGAUUUAUAUUUAUUGAUUUUAUUCCAAUGGCUGCUAUUGUUUCGUCAGAGGAUGAACUGAUUCCCUGAUUUCUUCAAAUUCAGACAAGUGAAACCAAUUUGGAGCUCAUGAGGUGUGUUUGUGAGAGAGAGACAGACCGAGACCAGAUGAGGGGACCUGCAGCAGCCUAAUGGACAGGUUGGCUCUGG